AUACCUCGCAUAAGCUUGCUACGCAUUCAGUGUGCAGCGGAACUGGACAGAUCGCUUUCAAUAAAACGCAAAAAGCGAAAAUGCUUAAGUGGACUUCCUACCUUGUAAUCAUCUUACUCUUGCUAAUAAAGCUCAUUUCAUGUUUACCGAGAUCAUCUUCCUCCGAUUCAGUGGAUUCCAUUUUACCUGGAACAACAACGAUACCUCCAUCAGUAGGUGAAAAUGCAGCGCCAAUCAGUCACAAUAGCUUUGAGGAGGCGUUCCACAAAGGCUUAAUAAAUUUUCAAAACUUUCGUCUGCAACGAACCAAUCAAAUAGCCAAAGAUGUGCUCGCUGAUCCCUCUAUGUAUAGUAUUGAUAGUGAAGCUAUGCAGAAAGAAUUAAGUGUACUCAGAAAGUAUGUGACAGAUUCUAAGGAAGCAUUAAAUAAGGUUCUGCCUGGCGACCAGUUUGGUCCGUACACACGUUUCUUUUUUGCAGGCGAUAAAGAUGUUGUCAUUCAACGCUUCGACAGAUUUAAUCGGUCACAUGCUUCUAAGACCGAACCACUUACACCGGAACAGCAGGUAACACGGGAUGCCUUAAAGAAACGUGGCGCGUUGGAGUACGAUAAAGAGGUGGAUAAACGUUAUAAAGAAUACUUACACUACUUGGUGGAUGAAUUCGAAAUAUAUGUGAAAACACUCUCAGCCGCAGAAAAGGAGAAGGAUAAAGAUAUGAAAGAUAUGAUGGCGGCAUGGAAUGCAUACACAAAGAAUGAGCGUGGAAUGGAUAAAACUGCUUUUGGGCAAAGAUUGUUUCAAAUAAAUUUGAAGUUAUAGUAAACAUUGAAGGUGCUUAACCCUUUCAGUGAUUCUAUGCCAUAUGGCAUAGCCACUUUUUGAAGCCCAUUUUAGGUCAUAAUGCGUGUGGGUAUACUUUUUUAUUAAUUCUGUAUUUUUCUUUGAAGUGUUAAGUAUAAUUAAAUUUAAAAAAAAAGUUGAUUGAUGGACCCCACACAUUGUUAUGUUACAGAGAGCAAGCCUUCCUCGUGAGAUUCACAAUUUGCAAAAAAAGAACAUGUUAUACUUUUAUAUAUUUUGUUAAAUAAAAUUGUUAAUUUGUUAGAUUUUUGUAAUUAAUUUAGUAGAUAAACAUUGCCUUAGUAAUUUAGGAAAAAAUUAGAUCCGAAAUAUAGUUCAAUAGAGCUGCCCGAUUUUUUUUAUUUCAUACUUUAUAAAUUUAAAUUUUUUACAAGUUCACAAGUUUUUUUGUAUAAGUUCAUAUUGACUAGACGUGUUGACAAUGCCUAAUAAACUAAACACCGAAGAA